AUGGUCACUGAAACCUCCCGUAUAGCUUCUGUUGAAAUAAGCUCUCCAGCGGACACGUCAUCUUCUGUUGGCCAUUUCGCAACAAUGAAAACUACACAGAUGAUGAGAGGUCUGUCUUUAGAAUCAGAUGCUUCAAAUUCACCUGCCGCUGUCGCCUUUGGCUUCACGCAACAGAGUUAUGAGAGAGGGAUGGCUAACUGGCGUGAUCAAAUGAAUGAACUUGAACGACUUCGAAAUCAAUAUAAUAAACACCUAAAACGAGUUGAAGAUAAAAAUAAGAUUUAG